AGGGAACCAAAGAGAGCAGUUGAAAAAAGGUGGGCUCUCACGCUGAUGCACUCGUGUACUUCUUGCUUUGGCUCAACUGUUCUCUUUCAUUUUCAAACUGUCGCAGUUGUCUAUUGUACAGCUAUCUGUGAUGGUUACUCUGAUGUUGUACUUUAUAAGGCAGACUUUUUUUUAAUCCAAAUUUGGACUUUUACCGACUCUGUGAACUUUUAUUGUUUCAGCAUUGAGGGAAAUGUAUUUUUUGUAGAGAACAUGUUGACUCCAUUAAGAGGUCCUCGUUUGUGGAAGCAUGGGAAGCCCGGGCUGAAGUUUGAGUGCGGUCAAACGAUCCUCCUGAGGCGAGAAAUUGUCUGAGUUGGUGAAUAAUGGACGGCAACCUAAGUGCAUCGGCUGCUUUGAGGAACAACACGGCCCCCUACCACCCGGCGGCGGGAUCCUGGCUCCUCCUCGUACUGGUCGCUGUCAUCAUCAUCAUCGUGGUGGGAAACCUGCUGGUCAUCAUCGCUGUAGCUUCUACUUCCCAACUCCAAACGACGACAAACAUUUUCAUCAUGUCACUGGCGUGCGCUGACCUCAUCAUGGGCGUCCUGGUUGUGCCCCUGGGGGCCACCAUUGUGCUGACGGGCAACUGGCAGCUUGACGAAACCUCGUGUGAUUUCUGGACUUCAGUGGAUGUCUUGUGUGUGACGGCGAGCAUAGAAACUCUCUGUGUGAUAGCGGUGGACCGCUACAUAGCAAUUACGAGGCCGCUCCGACACCAAGUUUUACUGUGUAAGUGGCGUGCCAGGGCAAUCGUUUGCUUGGUGUGGCUCGUUUCCGCCUUAAUCUCCUUUGUGCCAAUUAUGAAAGGAUACUGGCGCGCAGACGAUGAAUACGAAGCCAGAAUGUGCUACGAUGACCCUGCUUGCUGUGACUUUGUCACCAACCGGGCUUAUGCCAUCGUAUCUUCCACAGUGUCUUUUUACAUUCCUCUCUUUAUCAUGAUCUUUGUGUAUGCAAAGGUCUUCUUAAUAGCAAGACGGCAGGUGCAGCUCAUUGAUAAAAGCAGAACGCGUUUCAAGCAUGAAUGUACAACAAUGCAAAUGGACAAUCCAGCCCUCCAGUCGGUGUGCAUGAACCAGGGUAUGUGCAACAGUGGAACGGGGCGGAAAGGCGUCAAGCGAAGACCAUCGCGGUUAUUGCUUGUUAAAGAACACAAGGCCCUAAAAACUUUGGGGAUCAUCAUGGGGACAUUUACGAUAUGCUGGUUGCCGUUUUUUGUUGCCAACAUCAUCAACGCUUUUGACCGGAGCGUUCCGUCGGAGAGGAUCUUCAGACUCUUAAACUGGCUGGGUUAUGUCAACUCUGGCCUCAACCCCAUCAUCUACUGCCGGAGCCCGGAGUUCCGCGCUGCCUUCAAGAACCUUCUGGGCUGUCCAUGGCUGUCCACUCUGUGGCUCAACACAUUCUAUAAAGAAGUGCAGACACGCUGCUCCUGUUUUCAAUGGCGGGCUGAGUCGGGCCUGGCAGGUUCUUUCCAGAAAACUCCAACUGGUAGCGUGGCCAGUACUCGAGGGAACAAGAGUGAAGAGGCUUCCCCAGUUACUCUCCAGUCCAACGGCAGCACACAGUUCAAUGACGUAUCACAACGAGACGCCAGAUUCUUCACAUUGCAGGAAAAGGAAGGAUGAAGACGACCACGCGUCAUACUACUGAAGCCAUUACUGUGAAUCCCAGCAGCCACUGAGGAGCUUCGGCAGUGGAUCGCGAGCUCCAGCACUAAAGUGGCGGGACUGACUCAUGAGAAAACGAUUUGCUAUGGCUGCUCCCAUGCAGCGUCAUCAGCAUGAAACUUUACACUGACCGAAUUUGAAUAUGUACUUACAAAUCAUGAUUUACAUACAAACUGAUAGGCUUCUGCUUGUGGUUUCAAAUUGUAAAAAAAAAAAUAAUAAUAAUACAAAUAGCACAAUAUGAUAUAAUAAUUUAUCUAUUUAUGAUACACAGAAUCUUACGCAAAAUAUGCUGCCUAAUAAACUCUUUUCACAGUCA